AUGACUCCUGCUCUCCAGCGAUCCGUCUCCAACGCUUCUGGGCUGGGUGGUGACGACGACGACAGCACCAGCGACCAAGAUGAUAAUCCCCGGCUGAUAGUGACCUCGCCGCCAUCCCCAACCAGCCGGCGUGAACAAACUACUCGUUUUGCGGAGUUGGAUAUCCGCAGCCGUCUCCCCCGUCGUCCCACAACAACAGACAUGGACGAGAGAACAGGUCUCUUGGGCGCUGCGGACGACUCAAACCGCACUUACACCACCAUCCCCAAUUCUGCCUCUAGCACCCGCCCGCCCCCUUUCCACAGACAUCCCAGCACCGCUGGCAGUGUUCGGAUACCCAGGAACCACAGCCGCGCAAACUCCCAGGCUGUCAAGUUCGGUGGACGCGACUGGUCGCACACAGAUACGGGGGACUACUCCUCGAAGAAUUCCCUGGGCGCCUCGUUUUUGGAUGACAGGGUGUGGUACGACCAGUUUACAUCCACCGACUGGGUGCAUGAUAGCAUCGCAGAUGGCAUCCGGCUCAGACAGCUGCGGAGCCGCAGGGAUAUUCGCGGGCGGCUGCUGGCUUGGGCUGACGGAGCGCAAGGCUGGAUUUUGGUUGCGGUCAUUGGAUGCCUAACGGCCUGCGUCGCGUAUUUCGUCGACGUUACGGAGAAUGCCAUGUUUGACGUCAAAGAAGGGUUCUGUACGGAGAACUGGUUCUUCAGCAGACGACGCUGCUGCUUGCCUGAGGAGCAGGAGUGUGAUGCGUGGUUGUCCUGGGCGGAGAUUUUAGAGUCGUCCCCCAUCGACCGGAAAUGGAUCGACUUUGUUGCUUUUGUCUUUUGGGCUGUUGUUCUUGCAGCGUGCUCGUGUGUACUUACGCUUCUUACGAAAACAGUCGUGCCGUCAUCGGUCUCACUAUCUACAUUGGAUGAGGAUCUAGGAGCUGAGAUAGAGUCGCCCGGCGAUUCACCGAUACGCGAUCGGAAAACAAGCUCCUCUAGCCAGUCGCCACAGAGAGGGAUAGUUGCUGCUCCCCCUAUGGUUUACUACUCUGCUGCUGGAAGUGGUGUUGCAGAGGUGAAGGUCAUCCUCAGUGGGUUUGUCCUUCAUGGAUAUCUGGGCUUCAAAACACUGGUCAUAAAGACGUUGGCUCUUGUGUUGGCUGUCGCCUCGGGACUAAGUGUUGGAAAAGAGGGCCCCUACGUCCAUAUUGCCUCUUGCAUUGGAAACAUAUCCUGUCGAAUAUUCUCGAAGUAUCACCACAACGAUGGUAAACGGCGUGAGGUGUUGAGUGCUAGUGCUGCUAGCGGUGUUGGUGUUGCAUUUGGUGCCCCUAUUGGAGGCGUCUUGUUCGGUCUGGAAGAAGUCAGCUAUUAUUUCCCUCCCAAAACACUCUUUCGAACAUUCUUCUGUUGCAUUGCUGCCGCCCUCUCUUUAAAAUUCCUGAACCCGUAUGGCACCGGAAAAAUUGUGUUGUUCGAGGUUCGAUAUGUCUCAGACUGGAAAGUUUUCGAGCUUCUGAUAUUUAUGCUCCUCGGGGUCCUUGGAGGUGCUUCGGGUGCCUUGUUUAUCAAAGCCUCGAAACUGUGGGCACAGUCGUUCCGCCGCAUUCCCGUUAUCAAACGCUGGCCGCUGCUGGAAGUCGUCUUAGUUUCAUUAAUCACGGGCUUAGUUAGCUUUUGGAAUCGCUAUACGAAGCUGCCCGUUUCAGAACUUCUUUUCGAGCUUGCCAGUCCGUGUGAUCCGGACACCGAAUCGAGAACGGGGACUCUGCCCCACGGGCGACAAGAUCCCCGAGUGCCUGCCGGCAUCUACGUUCCGUCUAUGGUUGUCGGUGGCUUACUAGGCAGGAUCGUCGGCCACAUUGCCCAGUAUUUCGUUGUACAUUUCCCAGACUCUUUUCUUUUUGGCAGCUGCUCCAGCUCGCGGGAUGCUCUGUCGUGCAUAAACCCGGGAGUUUACGCUCUUAUCGCUGCUGGCUCUACGAUGUGCGGUGUUACGCGACUUUCUGUGACGCUGGUUAUCAUCCUGUUUGAAUUAACGGGUAGCCUCGACCAUGUGCUUCCCUUUUCCCUAGCAAUCCUCUGCGCCAAAUGGACUGCGGAUGCAAUGGAACCGCUGAGCAUCUAUGACCUCCUCACGGACAUGAACUCCUACCCCUACCUCGACAACAAACUCCACCCAACCUCCGACAUCGAACUCAGCGAACUCGUCCCCCGCGUCCGCAAGAACCGUAUCAUAGACAUCUCCAACUCCCCGCUCGUCCCCGCCACGGAGCUGCGCCAAAAACUCGACGUGCUCCUCCUAGCCGGCGAACUGGACGGCGGCCUGCCGAUCCUGCGCAAGAAUAUCCUGGUCGGGCUGAUCCCUGCGCCCGAGCUUGAGUAUGCGCUUGAUAGGCUCGAGGACGAGGAGGAGGCGAUGUGUUUGAUGUGUAUUGAUAGUUCGUAUGAGGGUUGGAGUGCGGAGGGGGAUCGGGAUCGAGAGAGGGUCGAUUCAACGGGGCGGAUGGCGGAUUUUACACCGUUUAUUGAUCCGGCUCCCGUGGCCCUCGAUAUACACUCACCCAUAAGCCUCGUCUAUCAAUGCUUCGUCAAACUCGGCCUGCGGUACAUGUGUGUCCUGCGCGAUGGGCAGUAUGCGGGGCUGGUGCAUAAGAAGUCAUUUGUCAAGUUUAUGAAGGAGCAGGGGAAGGGGACACAUAAGUGA